UUUCGUUUGUUUCACAGCUGUCAAACAGAUUUGGCGGGAAUCUAGAAGAUUGUUUUUAUUAACCUCAAAAAUUGACAUGCGGAGAAUCUUUUGGUUCUGUUAUUAAAAAUAGAAUUAUUCUUAUCGUUUCUGAUUCUUAAAAAGUUUUUAAUUAAUUCUAUUAAAUUGUCCAUUUUUAAACAAAAAGAAAAUAUUAUCAUGGCAGACGAGAUUUUUACAAAACAAGUGCAAACAAUGUUUUCAUUGUAUGGAUUGACUAUCACAAAAAACUUGAGUGGCUACGUUGCGAGGCAAAUAUCGAGAGGUAUUCCAGAAAGUGAAAGAGACAAAUUUCUCACAGGAAUUAUAGAACAAUUAUUAACACAAACUCUAAAGACACCAAAUGUACAGAAGGAGCACAUUAUCCUUGCUUUUAAUGAUUAUGUAAGGCCAACAACUUCUUUAAAGGACACGGAAACAAUUAUAAAUAUUAUCAAUGCCUUUGACACGCCUAAAGUUCAAUAUGACCUCGGAAGAAGAAAAUUUAUGAUAAAGACAGUAGACAAGGAUUUAUAUCCAGAUGCUGAGCACAAGUCACUUGUUUUUAAAGAUCGACUUGAUUUACUUUAUUAUCGAACUUUAAGACACGAUCACUUCAAAAGUUCGAAAUUCGGUGAAUCCAAUGAAGGAAAAUUAGAAUUGGUUGCAAUUGAAAAUUUACUCAGUGAGGCAAAAACGGAGAAUGUUUAUGUUAUUGGUCUUCUGUCGCAACUCACCGAGGGUGAAUUUUAUUUGGAAGAUAGUUACGGGAGCGUUAAGUUGGAUCUUAGGAAAGCAGAUUUUCAGACGAGUCUCAUUAUGGAAGGUUCUAUCGUGAUUGCGAGUGGAAAUUACUCGGACAGUGUAUUCGAGGUGGAGAAAAUAGGAUUUCCACCGUCGGAACCUUCGGAAAAUUCUCGUGUCGCUUUCGGAACAGUAAACACUUUCGGUGGUGCAAAUCCAAUAUCAUUAAAAUUAUCCGAAAAAUUGCACGAGCAAGAAAUUCUUCAAAAGGACAUGCUUAUUUUUAUAUCGGACUUUUGGGUGGACGACAUUCGUGUACUCGAGAAAUUCAAGGAGAUUUUAAAUGGUUUCUCUGAUUCGCCGCCCGUUGCAUUUGUACUUUUUGGAAAUUUUCUCAGCUUUCCACCGGACGCGACGAGUGCCCAAAAAUUGAAAGAUGGCUUCAAGAGUCUCGCAGAUUUAAUCACACAGCAUCAUGCAAUUUUAGAAACGUCACAUUUCAUUCUGGUUCCUGGACCAUUUGAUCUUGGUGCACCGAGAAUUUUGCCGAGAGCGCCUUUACCAAAAUCAGUUGUCGCCGAUUUUAUUAAACGCGUACCUCACACACAUCUUGCCACGAAUCCCUGUAGAAUUCAGUAUUGUACUAAGGAAAUUGUCGUUUUCAGAGAGGAUAUUUUAUUGAAACUUUGUAGAAAUACACUCAAGUUUCUUAAUACUGGAAAUGUUUAUGAGCACUACGCAAAGUCGAUAGUAUGUCAAUCUCACCUGGUGCCAUUGACUCUUCAAGCAACGCCGAUUUACUGGAAAUACGAUCAUGCUUUACAACUUUUUCCCACUCCGGAUCUCAUCGUCGUAGCGGAUUCAUUUUCAUCAUACAAAACAGAAUUUUCAAAAUGUCACGUCAUCAAUCCAGGUUCAUUUUUGAGAUCCGGUUUUAGUUUCCAAGCGUACAAUCCCGCAGAACUUUUGGAGGAUCAAAUAACAGACUGUCAAAUUAAUGAAUAAAUGAAAAAUAAAAUUAAAAAAAUGGAAAAUUCUUAUUCCAAACGGAUUUUUAUUGCAGUCUAAAUAUUUAAUCUCUCUUUAUAUAGAAUAAAAAAAUCUAAUUAG